UUCAGUUUCCCUACUGGGUCCCCAAGUAUAUCUGGGCCCAGAGGAUGUGUCUGGUUAUAGCACUAGCUCAGAGGAGCUAGUUUCAGUUUCUCUUUUUAGUUCUGAAGUAUAUUUGGGCCCGGAGGAUGUAUCUGGUUGUUGCACAGACACACAGCCUGUGACUGGAUCUGCACAGCUAAGAACUGGAUCUUGUUCUCACUCAGCCAGAGGAAGAUUCCUUGGGUGAAGCCACACCUCCUUCCAGACUGGACGCACACUGGCGAGCUGUCAGGGAGAACUCUGAGAUCCCACUGCUGACACCAUGAGCUCAGAAGCCGGUGCCGUCUCCCCAGAGAGUGAAAGCUCUGUUGAGGACAUGACUGAGUCUUUCCAGAACAGAGUGAGCAGAGAGGGACUGCAGCGCCUGCAGCUGACUGAUGAGGAGGCCUGGAAGAGACUGGUGGCUGGGGGUGGUUUGUCAAGGGAUGAGGCAGACACACUACACAAAUGUCUGAAGAAUCUGAACAUAGACCAACUGAAUAGGGAGAAGUUUUUGAAUGAGUUUCCUCAGGUGAAACAGGAGAUUGAGAAGCGCAUAAGACAGCUCCCCGCGCUUGCUGACAAGAUUAACAAGAUACACAGGGACUGCACCAUCUCCAACGUCGUGGCCAAAUCUGCUGGCACUGUGUCUGGCAUCCUGAGCAUCCUUGGCCUGGCUCUGGCACCCGUGACAGCAGGGGCCAGUCUGGCACUCUCAGCAACUGGGAUGGGGCUGGGAGCAGCAGCUGGUGUGGUCAGUAUGUCCAGCAGCAUCGUGGACUACUCAAGCAAGUUGUCAGCAAAAUUCAAAGCCAGUCAACAGGUGUCAACUGACAUCAACAAAGGGGAGAUAGUCAAGGAAACUCUAGAUCACAUCACACCCCAUGUUGCCUCCUCAAGAAAGAAUUUUACCCAAGUCCUGAAAAUAAUUAGGGAGGACAUCGAUGCAAUGAAGGUAACCAAGGGCAAACCUCAGGUAGCAGCCCCUGCCAAAUGCUUCAUGACCAUUACGAGAAUCUCAGCCCAAAGCUGCAGGCUGAUGAGGAAAGUUCUUGGACGUACCACUCUGGCAAUGACCAAAGGAGUCCGGAUCGUGGGUGGGGCCACUGCCGGUGUCUUCCUUCUGUGGGAUGUGGCCAGCCUUGUGAUGGAGUCAAAGCAUUUGCAUGAAGGGGCAAAGGCAGAGUCAGCUGAAGAGCUGAGGCAGCAGGCUGAGGACCUGGAGAGGAUUUUGGAGAAUCUCACCGAGAUCCAUGAGAUGCUGCAGGGCCUCGCUCUGUGACCCCCAGAGUCGUGCAUGUAGCCCUACAUUUUCAUUAUCAACAGUUCUUUAUCUCUCAACAGGUUCAUCUUUGUUAGGCAGUGAUAUCUUGAUGAUGACAAUGAUGAUGAUUGUGGUGAUGAUGAUGGCAGCCAUAGUGGUGAUUUUGAUGGUGGUGGUGAUGAUGAUGGCUGCCGUGGUCAUGAUGAUAGCAGAGUAGGUGGACCAUUUGGCAAAUUACUGGUGCUCUUUGGAGUGAAUGUGCACUAAGAGAUCAAUGAAGUUCCAGUGAAACUGCAAAUGCUGCGUUGGAACUGUGGAUGAUUUGAAAAAGAAAAUAAAGGUGAAACCAGAUGUGGCAGGUCACGGAAACUUGCAGUGUGUCGAGGAGAUCAACCAGCUUGGAAUCCAGAGACACAGCCUCUCUGAGCCUCAGUUUUCUCAUCAGUUGGGGCGGUGGUGCUGGACAAGAUAUAUUGCAGGUCUGUCUGGCUCUCCCCACCUUGUGUUCUAUAAAGAUGGACUGAUAUACUGAGUCUUUGCUGUGUUGAAUGACAGGCUCAUCUGGGCUUCACGUGCUUGACUUCCCUUCCACAUAAGCCUAUUUUCCGUGAUCUCAGAGAGCAAGUCCUCCAUUUCUCCUCCUGCUUGUUCACUGGGCUCUGGCUCUCCCAUCUGGUCCUUUCCCUCAGACUUCGACACCCCAUAGGCCCCACUGGAACACCUGUGGUCUGCUUGUGCACAUCUGGCUUGGGCUGAGAACAGGCACGUUCCUUACCCAGUGGCGAGGAGCCAGGAUUGACCUGUGGCACGUGAAGCUGAUUAGGAUAACAAGGACAUGUGUGCAGCUGUGAGAGAGGAUCAGUGAUAAAUAGAGGGACAGAGAAAGACAGCCAGCUAGCAAACAGCCUCGCCCAAGCUACCCUCACAUUUCACCUGGACUCCUGCAAGAGCUUCAGAAUGGUCUUCUUGUGUUGACUCUUGUGGCUCUGCCCCUGUCCCCCGUUCCCACCCAUUCUCCAUGCUGGCCCAGAAUGACCCUUCAGAAUAUAGAUCUUAUCAAGCACCUGCUUCCGACUCUUCAAUGGCUCCCCAUUACUAUUAGCACAAAAGCCUAAAGCCUCCACUCAGCCUAAAGUAGACUUGGGUCCCCUGAAGGCAGAGCCGGAGGAAAGGCUCUCUCGCAGAGGGUUUCUUUGGGGGGUGAU